AUGGUUCUCUUCCUUGAUGAAAAGUUUUCUUUUUGCCAAGAUGGGUUUAUCGUUGAGAACGUGGGUGGCAAGUAUACUCCACUCCUCCUUACACAUCUCGUCCAUGGAGCUCUUGGUUGGGGAGUCGAUGGUCAUUACGCUGUCUGCAAAAUAGCUCAGAGCUAUUUUGAGGAAAAAACUCUAGUUGCAGUGAAGAAAAUUCUGCCUGCAUAUGCAAAUGGUGAACUAGCAGCUGUUUGCUCAUGGCCUGAUGAGAUCAAACGCCGCCCUGAGUGGAGCUGGACUUACGCUUUGCAUUUUGUUAACACACCUGAUAACGAAUGCAACUAUGAGUAUUCUCGUGUGUUUCUUUUCUUGCAAAUAUUCAUUCGCGUUUCUGUUUGCUUUUUAUAUGAAGGGGACUGCCAUAAUGACAAGUGCGUGACAGGAGCAAUCUUCAAUUACACAAGCCAAUUAAUGUUUCAAUUCCACUAUAACUUGACAGAAGCUCUCAUGUUCGUAUCACACUUUAUGGGAGAUAUUCAUCAGCCCUUGCAUGAAGGUUUUGUUGGAGAUCAAGGUGGUAACAAAAUCAAACUCAAUUGGUACGAACAAGAAACUAAUUUGCACCGUGUGUGGGAUAACAAGAUAAUUGAGUCUGCUCAAGAGAAAUACUACAAUUCAAGCCUUUCAGUCAUGAUUCAUUCCCUUCAACACAAACUCAAGUACGCCUGGUCAAAUGAUGUUCCGUCAUGGGAGUCAUGUCCACCUCACGAAUCAGCGUGCCCAAAUCCAUAUGCUUCUGAAAGCAUUGACCUUGCCUGUAAGUAUGCUUACAAGGACGCUGCCCCAGGGACUACACUAGGAGAUGACUACUUCCUCUCUCGGCUGCCCAUUGUAGAGAAGAGAAUUGCACAAGGCGGGAUUCGCUUGGCAGCGACUCUAAACCGAAUCUUUUCUCCCAAACCGAGUCUCGCUGCCGCAUGAAAUUAAGACUCUCAUUAACGCUAUGUGAUGCAUUGCUAUUGUUCUGAAUUUUUAUUUUAAUAAUAAGUAAUAACCUAAACUAUCAUGUAUUAGCUAAGGUUAUGUUAUAGCAUUGUUCUGAAUUUUUAUUUUAAUAAUAAGUAGUAACCUAAACUAUCAUGUAUUAGCUAAGGUUAUGUUAUAGCUGCUAUUGUUCUGAGUUUAAAACUAUAUCAAACGGUAAACGAAAAUAUCUACAUUUACAUAGAACAAGAGGAUAAUAGAAGCAAAUGCAAUUAGCAUGCAUCAAGUAACUUGCAAAUAACUGCAUAUUAUACUGAAGCUGCAAACCUUGAUCACAAGUUGUGAUGGUGAUAUAAGAUAGAUAUCUGGAGUCUGACAUCGAAAAGAAGAGAAGGAAACAGAGCCAAAGUCAACUUGCCAAACACCAAAAUCAGUAUAGAUUCGUUGGAAAAAAUCGGCAAGUCAUCCUUGGCUCAACUUCAUUCUCUAUUCUUCCAUGCAAGACCCUCUGAUACACCUAGAGACUCUCAUAAUCAUCAUCCAUCCUUUUUUGUUCUCUCUAACUCACUCUCUUAAUUAUCUUGUGAUGUCAAAACACUUACUCGUGGUGAAGGUAUUUAUAGGAACAUAAAGAGGGAAAUGUGUGGUUUAACUUAAUUGAAAUAUAAAGUUUUUUUCAUGCAUGGUUUUAGACCUGUUAGUGCAUGCAAGCAAGAAAACGAAUGGAAUGUUGACCACAACCGUAUAUUGAAGAAUAUAAUUACUCUAAAAGAUUGGCUGACCUUGUAUUAUCAAAUUAUUCGAAUUCCAAUUUUAUGUGAAUAAUUAAUAUUCGUACUAACACUACUCCAAAGGUAUCCUAUAUAUAGUCUGCGACAUUAAAAUAUGCGUGUCGCAUCAUAGUUUUGUGGUUGAUCGACAAAAAGGAAGUACAAUACAGAGAUUCUUUAUAAUGUGUAUACUUUAUUUUCCAAAAAAAAUGGCCAAGAAUAUAAAUAUAAUCGGGUAAAAUGGAAUAUAAACAUAUAUAAAAUCUGGGAUUGUUCUUUGAGUUGAGAUUUGAGAAUAUAUUAUGGGAAAAUUGCCAAAUAUGACUCACAACUUGAUUUCAAACAGAAAGGUUAACCCAAACUUGAAACAAAUGCAAAAGUAACUUAAAAGGCUAAUGAAAUUACAACCAACCCCUUGUGAACAAACAAAAAAACCGAAAUUUUUUUACGUUUCUAACCCCCGUAAGUCGUCUGCCCAGACGACUUUCCAGUAAGUCGUCCAGACGACUUUCCAGGAAGUCUUCCAGAUGAUUUUCCAGUAAGUCGUCCAGACGACUUACCAGAAAGUCGUCCAGACGAUUUAUCUGGACUAGUUUUACU